CUUUGACAUAAAUUUUUAUAUUUUUUAGGGUAAGGCAGGACUCCUGAUCAACGUAUACUACCACCAUUUUCUAUUCAGUUCUUUUGGUUAUAUUCACUGUGACUUUCCAAGGCUGCUAAUGGAGUACCAUAUUGCUUGGGAGUGUACCAACCCCGAGGCAAAUGCUUUUUCGUCCUAUAUGCAUAUUGGUACACCCCAGGUAAAUCUGUAUCCCCAUUAGCAGUCUUGUGAUUUUCUCAGGGUUGCUAAGCCCGUCAAUAGGGAUAUUUCAUUUGUUUAACUGCAAAAUGAUUAGCUAAUCACAAGAGACAUAUUCUUUUGAUUCAUUGAUGUUACUAAUUUUAUUAUACUAUAAGAAAAUGUAGACAUUUUGAGUACAUAUUUCAAGUGGAGAAAUGAUAGGUUGUGAAGAUGAGACUUCCAAUGGACAUAUACACACAUUCUUUAUUAGUCCAUCAAUCAUAUGUGGCAGGGUAGGGUACACAACUUGUUUCAGACACUGUAUGGUUUUAUAUCAAGGAGACAUCUUAUUUUGGAAUCCAUUCUUCCCCCUUUACUUUACUACUAGUAUUAAGGUUUUAUAUCACAAGAAAUAAUUUUCACAUCCCUUGAAAUAGUGUAGAGUAGUUGAUUCAUACCUAUUAAAAAUGUUUUCCCAACAAACAAAAAGCCUUUCUUUUAUUCAUGUUCUGCCUAUUAAUCCUAUUAAAUUUUUUAUUAAUGGAUUGUUUUGCGUUCUCCAUCUCCCCAUCUUCUUUUCGUCUAUUCAUCUGCUCAAGCUUUACCAUGUAAAUACGCUCAUAUUAUUAGGCUUUUGCCACUAGUAUUGCUAAGUCAAACUCAUGAAACGUUGAGCCUGUAUUUAUAUAUAAGCUGAAACAUAAGUUUGGCUACCAUUAUUCUAUGACUAUCUCUUUCAUUCUUUCUUCUUCGUGGAGUUGAUUAAAAUGUUAUGAUUGUUCCUUUAAUCUUCUAGACAGAAAAAAAGAGUAGAGAGAAUGGAUUGUUGUGGUUUUGGUAAGUCAAUUUUUCUGUGAUAUUUUUUCAUUUUAUUCUUCUUUUCUUUUUUGCUUAGAAAAAUUUAUAUGAUAUAGGUAGAGGGAUCGGGAGAGGGUGAUCAGAACUGGCGGGCGCAGUAGCAAGAGGUGCAUGCGACCAUCCAUCCAAAAGGGCCAAAGCCACUCCAUAAGGGCAGAUACAAGGUAUAUUGCAACGAGUAAGAGAGUUGAAUUGGAGAGAAGUGACACUGCCCUAUAGACUUAACCACUUACCAAAGUCAAAUUGGAAGUCCAUCGUUUUGCUCUUUUCAAAACCUUAAAGCAGCAAAACGGGAAGAAACCCGAAGUUGAAUACAACAAAUCGAAUCAUUGGUUGCCAAAAGAAGCUUGAAACUAUUCAACUAAUCAUUCUAUGAGAUGUCCUCGGUAGCCUAAAGAUCACGAGUGUCUUUACAACUCAUGAUGGAAUGGUUAGCCUUAUCUGGUAUGCCAUGAGUUCAAAGAUUACGUCUUCAAGGUCAUGGGAGGUUGUGACAAGCAUGGUUACUCAAGGAGUCUCGACUCCCGGAUGAAUUCGACUCUUGUUGUACAUAGCUCCCUGCUGCAACAACUUGGCCUGCUAGAAUUGGGAGUUUCCCCAGAUUUUUCAGCUCCGAAGGUUCCGAUAUUGAUGUCAUUGGCAUUGAUUUUGGAACUACUAACUCAUGUGUCUCGGUCUUUGAAGGAAAGGGUGCAAAGGUAUAAAGAACUCCGAGGGAUCUAGUUCUAUACCGUCAGUCGUUGCCUUCGGUUCUAGUGGAGAAUGUCUUGUGGGUGUUCCCGCAAAACUUCAGGCGUUGACGAACCCGAAUGGUACAAUAUUUGGCCUGAAACACAUUAUUGGCUGAUGCUAUGACGACCGCCUAGCUCGCAUAAAUGUGCCGUACCAGAUUAUUAUGGCCCCAAAUGAGGAUGCGUGGGUGUAUCUGAACGGUAAGGCAUAUCCACCCAGUGAGCUUUGCUCCUAUCUGCUCCAGAACUUAAAGGAAACUGCAAACGACUAUCUUGAAAAGGAUGUUACAAAAGCCGUAAUCACGGUACCGGCCUAUUUUAAUGAUGCGCAAAGACGGGCAAUAGUGAAUGCAGGACGCCUCGCUGGUUUUGAUGUUCUAAAGAUAAUCAGCGAGCCAUAUGCAGCUGCUCUUUCGUAUGGUGUAAACAGAAAAGAGGAUGGUCAUGUAGCAGUUGUUCAUUUUGGUGGCGGAACCCUGAUGGUUUACAUUCUUGAGAUGUCUCACGGUGUUAUCGAGAUAAAUGCUGCCAGUGGUGAUGCAUUGGGUGGUGAAAAUUUUGAUAAUAUCCUGUUGGGUUACUUGGUCACUGAAUUUGAGAAAACCGAGUCUAUCAAUCUGUCUACCAAUAAACUGGCUCUUGGGAGGCUGAGAGAAGCGGCCGAGAAAGCAAAAAUUGAACUGUCAACAACAAUGGAAGCUGAGAUCCACCUGCCUUCGAUUACAGCUGAUGCGUCAGGAGAUAAGCACUUGCACAUCACAUUGAGUAGGUCAAAGUUGGAAUCACUUUUUAGUGAUUUUAUUGAAAAUAUCAAGAAAAACUGCCAAAUAUGUUUGAAGCAAGCUGAUGUGGCUGCGAAGGACAUUGCUGAAGUUCUUCUUGUGGGAAGCAUGACAAAAGUACCCAAGGUGCAAGAGGUAGUAACCAAAAUUUUUGGAAAGAGCCCAAGUCAAGGGGUUAAUCCCGGUGAAGCUGUUGCUUUGGGUGCUGCAAUUGAGGGUGGUAUCAUAAGUAAAGAUUUGAAAGUGGAUGUGGAUUGGGGAUUGAGAGGAGCGGUGACUGAUAUAACAACACAAGGUUUUGUAUGCACUUGCUGGGCGAUUGGGGUAAAAGCUGCAGUGGAGGGCAUUUUUUUUUAUCAAAAAUGGGAUUCUAAAAAAUUUCUCUUCUCAGCAAAUUGUGGACUGCGCAGGACCAGAUGGUGUUGAAGGAGCACCACAAGAAAGAGCCUAUAACUACUUUAUGACUGAUGGGGUUUGUUUAGAUGCUGAGUAUCCCUAUACCGGUGCCCGUCAAGAUUAUGUCGGUAUGAAGUCUUCAAGAGCAUUUAUAGACAGCUUCGGUAGAGUCGGAUAUGGAAACAAGGAUCUCAUUGCUGCUGUUAAGGAACAACCAUUAACAGCAGGACUCAGUGGAUCCUUUGUGCAAUCUCCGGUAUAUCAAAGUUACAAGGGUGGCCCAUAUUUUGGGGAUAACUAUGAUUUCACUACCGACGCCUUGCCACACCUAGUGUGCAUUAUCGGGAGUGAAGUCAUUGAACGCCAGAAAUUUCUCAAAAUCAAAGAGUCCAGAGGAAAGGAUUGGGGUGAUGAAGGGAUCCUACACUUAGCUAUGAGCCGAGACUUCUAUUUUGGACUAGGAGAUGUAAAUAUGAGUGUGUGCUAUCCAAUCAUUCACGGGGAUAAGGCAGUAUACCUCUCUGAUACACAGAUAUCAAAGCUAAAAGAAGCUUUCAUCCGAUUUGACGAAGAUGGUGAUGAUCUUAUAGAAACCAAUGUAUUAGGCAGAGUGAUGACAUAUUUGGGGAAAACUCUUCCUGAAGCUGAACUCUAGGAAAUGAUAACUGAAGCUGGUACUGGGCAAAAUGAAACCAUUGGUUUCCCUAGAUUCAGGAAUAUGAUUGCGAGAAAACUUGAGUACACUGUAAUUGCGGAGCUGGAGGAUUUAUUCAAGAGAGUUGACACGGAUCAUGAUGGUUUUAUCUCAGCCUCAGAGUUUUUGAUGCUCAUGAAUGGUGUGGAUGAAACCGUGAUCCAGGCGUUGUUCCAAGAAGCUGACACGGAUGAAGAUGGUCAGCUCAACUGCGAGGAGUUUGUCAGGUUGAUGCAACCCAAGUGAAAGAUCAUCACGCUUUGGCCAAGGGUAAUCUAGAAUAGCCGUCUGGGGUAAACAGCCGCUAAGUGAAGCAGCUGUCUUUGAGAUUUUUGGCACCUCUAUACGAGAGAGUUGGGUGUUGAAAGAUUUGCAGCGUUUAGAUCGUCUAUUUUCUUUGCAGUUUUGUGAUUAUCUGUGCUUUGACAACUGUUUUUAUGGUACUGGAAUUUUAUGCGUCAUUUUGGGGAAAUGGUUUUGAAUUUCUUGCUAUGAGAGUUUACUUCCAAUGCUUUCUAUCUGCGCCUGAAGUACAUUUAUUUGCAUUUUGCUUUUUUUUACGAUUCCAGGAGAA